AUGUUCCGUUUGCUGGUGCUGUGGGUCACAGUGGUGCUGGUCGUGUCGCUGGACGAAAGGGAGUUUGAUCCACAGGUGGCUCCGCCUCGAAAUACAGUUUCUAAGCCUUUCCAACUUUGGCGCAACUUUGCCAGCCAGGUGCGAAAAGUCUUUAGUAAUCUUCAGGCCAAAACCACUCAUCCACCACCUCCCACUGCCAAAGUCAGGAUAAGAAGCACCACGACAUCAGAGCCGGAACUCCAGUACUAUGGAGCCUUGAAUCCAAUUUAUCAAACUGGGAACUUUUAAAAUUCUAAAACUAUUAUUGUACUUUAUUUUGUAAUUCUUAAGCUAGAGAUGGGAUGAUU